CCUUGGCUUCUACUUUUGUUUUUGUCCUUAUCAAAUCUAGCUCUUGGUUAACUAUCAUGGCCAGUCCCCUCACUCUCUGAUCUUCAAAUUCAAUGUUUUUCAAAUACCCUUUUUGCUUUUGUUAUUAUUGAAACCGAAUAUGGAUUCACUUCAUGAUUCAAUAUCAGCUGCGGCCGCUGCCAACGGCAACUCGGUGCCGCCGUUUCUCAGCAAAACUUACGAUGUAGUGGAUGACCCAUCGACCGACUCGGUCGUGUCGUGGAGUAGCGGUAACAACAGUUUCGUUGUCUGGAAAGUGCCGGAGUUUGCAAGGGACCUUUUGCCCAAGUAUUUUAAGCACAACAAUUUCUCCAGCUUUGUCAGGCAGCUCAAUACUUAUGGUUUUAGGAAAGUUGACCCUGACCGCUGGGAAUUUGCUAAUGAGGGGUUCCUACGAGGUCAAAAACAUCUUUUGAAAACUAUCAGCAGGCGGAAACCUGCUAAUGUCCAGAGUAAUCAGCAACCUCAAGUUCAGAACUCAUCUGUUGGAACUUGCAUUGAGGUUGGGAAGUUUGGGCUUGUAGAGGAAGUUGAAAGACUUAAGAGAGACAAGAAUGUUCUCAUGCAGGAACUCGUUAGGUUGAGGCAGCAGCAGCAAGCAACUGAUAACCAGUUGCAAACUGUUGGCCAACGCGUACAGGUGAUGGAGCAGAGACAGCAGCAAAUGAUGUCUUUUCUCGCUAAGGCCAUGCAAAGUCCAAGUUUCUUAAGCCAGCUUGUACGCCAGCAAAAUGAAAGCAACAGGCUCAUUACUGGAGCGAACAAGAAGAGGAGAUUCCCCAGGCAGGAUGAAGAAAAUUUAGCUGGUGAAAAUGGUGCCAUAUCUCCUAAUGGGCAGAUUGUAAAGUUCCAGCCUUCACUGAAUGAGGCAGCGAAGGCAAUGCUGCACCAGAUAUUGAAGAUGAAUACAUCACCUAGAAUAGAACCCCAAAUAAAUAACUCAGGUGCUUUUAUGAUUGAUGGUGUUCAUCCUUCCAACGCAUCUGACAGUGGGAGCUCCUCCAGUUGGAUUUCAGGUGUAACACUUUCAGAAGCCCAACCAGCUUCUGCACAGUCUUAUCUGCAAGCGGAAUCAGGAUUUCCCACCACUUGUCUGUCAACUGCUGCUCAUCUAACAACCGAGCAUACUAAAGUGGAUCAAAUUUCUCAGACAAAUGAGCAUAACUCACAGAAACAUGGAGUUUCUCCUAAUGUUUCACAAAUGCAAGGGGUUGGUCCUGAUAAUACUGUUAGACUUACUGAUAGAAGUUUGGCAGGAUCUGAGAGAGGCAAUGAAGCAUAUCUCGAUCCCAUAUCAGACGUUUUGGAUGGUACAAUGCCUGUAGAAACUGAUGACUUUUCUGUCGAUCACGAUAUGGACAUCUUGCUUGAUGAAAACCCUAAACUUCCAGCAAUUAACGACGUUUUCUGGGAACAGUUUUUUGCCACAAGCCCUCUCACUGGGGACACUGAUGAAAUUAGUUCGAGUUCAGUGGAAAACGGUGCAAAGUGGGUACAGGAAGCAGCACCUGUAGGGAAGGAGAAUGGAUGGAAUGGGAUUCAGCAUAUGAACCAUCUUACUGAGCAGAUGGGCCUUCUUUCAUCGGAUAGCCAGGCAGGGUGAUAUCCAUCAAAUUGUUUACAUGCAUGUUUUCUAGCUACAAUGAGAGGAGGAUGAUCUAUGAUGCCCAAGCAAGAGAAACUAUUUGUUGUUAAAAGGAGUGAUUUUAUGUGUUAACUGCACUAGUAACAUAAAUGGUUAUCCAAAGAAGCGUUAAUAAUGGUA